GGUGCCCGUGACGUCACAUCCGUUAAGGAAGUAAAGCAGCAUGGGAGAAAGCGCCGGACAGUGGUGAGGUCAGCAUGUUGAAGGUGCUUCAGGUGAGUUUCCGCCGCCAGGUGUGGAGGAACGUCUGCGCCGCGGCGGCGGGGGAGCGGCCGCCGCGCGGCGCCGCGGCAGCGGCAGGACGCGCUGCGAGGAGGUCCGGAGUCCGGAGCUGCACCGUGGACCCGAACCUGGAGGAGCAGUUCGUGUUCGUGGACUGUCCAGGACUGGAGGAGGAGCCUAACGAGGAGCCUAACGAGGAGCAGCAGGUCCUCCAUCAGCUCGGCGUCUCCUCGGCUCCCCCAUGCGGUCCUCUCCCCCAGGUGUCUCCUCAGAAGCACCUGAGGUCUCUGGAGCGCCAGCUGCAGGUUCUGAGAGGCGGCGCCCUGCAGGAGGCGGGGCCAGACUCCUUCAUGGAGUUCCAGGACGUGGACUUCCCGCUGGACGACAGCCUCAUAAAGUCCAAGAAGAAGAAGAAGAAGAAGGGGGAGCACCGGGUGUUCGGGACUCCGGACGCCGGCGCGGCGGUCAGUGACAUCAGCUGCUCAGGAUGCGGCGCCGUGCUGCACUGCAGCGCCGCCGACGUGCCCGGCUACCUGCCCAGUGAGAAGUUCAAGGUUCUGCUGGAGGCGGGGACGCUGGGCGGCGCCACCUGCCAGCGCUGCCACCUCAUCACCCACCACCACAAGGCCCAGAACCUGCAGGUGACCUGGGACCAGUACCGGCAGGUGGUGCGGCAGAUCCGCGGCCGGAAGGGCCUGGUUCUGCUCGUGGCGGACCUACUGGACCUGCCCGACUCCAUCGUGCCGGACCUGCCCGACCUGGUGGGAACCAACAAACACCUGGUGGUUCUGGGCAACAAGCUGGACCUGCUGCCCCGAGACUCGCCCAACUACCUGCAGCGCGUCAAGCGCCGCCUGGCCCGGUACUGCCAGGAGGCGGGCUUUGGACCGCAGGUCACCGACCUCCAUCUGAUCAGCGCCAAGACGGGCUACGGCGUCGAGGCGCUGAUCUCCAGCCUGCAGCGGUCCUGGAAGUACAAAGGCGACGUGUUCCUGGUGGGCAGCGCCAACGCCGGCAAGUCCACGCUCUUCAACACGCUGCUGGAGUCCGAUUACUGCAAAUCCAGAGCCGCCCAGGUGCUGCAGAAGGCCACCAUCUCCCCAUGGCCCGGGACCACCCUCAACCUGCUGAAGUUCCCCAUCAUCAACCCGACUCCGUACCGGAUGUUCCGGCGCCAGAACCGCCUGAAGGAGGCGCUGCAGCAGACGGAGGAGGAGCUGCCGGCCGACGAGCGGAGGAGGCUGCAGCGGCUCGGCAGACACGGAUACCUAGUGGGUCGGGUCGGACAAACGUUCCAGUCCAGAACCAGAGGCGACGAGAUCCAGUUUGAUCCAGACAGUUUGGCGUUCGGAGAAGACGAAGACGAAGAUGCAGCGAAGGAAGGUGCUGACGGCUCACCUGCUGAGCUGAGCUACAACGAGCUGAAAGACGCCCACUGGCUGUACGACACGCCGGGGAUCGUUAAGGAGCGCGACAUCCUCCAGCUGCUGCAGGAGCAGGAGGUCCGGUUGGUGGUUCCGACCCAGGCCAUCGUCCCCCGGACAUUCGUGCUGAAGCCCGGAAUGAGCGUGUUUGUGGGAGCUCUGGCACGCAUCGACUUCCUGCAGGGGGCCAAGUCCUGCUGGUUCACCGUCAUGGCCUCCGCUCGGGUCCCGGUUCACGUCACCAGUUUGGACAAAGCCGACGGCGUCUAUGAGAGACACGCGGGCCGCGACCUGCUGGGGGUGCCGAUUGGAGGCCCGGAGAGGAUGGAGCGAUUUCCUGCGUUUGCUCCUCAGGACUUCAGCUUGGAGGGCCGUGGUUACCUGGAGGCCACCGCUGACAUCACGCUGUCGUCAGCAGGGUGGGUGGCCGUGACGGCGGUCGCAGGUGAGCAGGUGCAGCUGAGGGUUCUCGGGCCGGAGGCCGCCGGGUUCGGGCUGCGGACGCCGCCGCUGCUUCCUCACGUCGUUUCUCUGAAAGGAGAGCGAGUCCGCAAGUCGUCCGCCUACAGACCGCUGCGAGCCGCGGGGCUGAUAGACGGGCUGUCGGCCGGCGCCGCCCGCAGCCUGCGGGUCAAGAAGAAGAAGAAGUGACCUCCGUUCACCUGGCUCAGGUUCUGGACCCGUGUGGUUCUGCACGGAUCCAGAGUCAACUGCUGCUUCACAUCAGAACCAAGCGGGUUUAAUAAAGAUGAGACGGAAA